AUGAAGAGUUUGGAAUUUGUGUCUUCCAGCCUUCCCGAGAGCUCGGAAACUGAGUUGGAGAACUUAUCGUUCACGCGAACGCAUCCGGUGAGCAUCAAUGUGGAGAAACUGUGUAUUUCUGCGCGCAAACGAGGAAAGUCCCUGUUCGGAAGCAAGAAGGUGGACCCCGAGCUUGCGAACGAGAAUGUCAAGCAGAUCCUCCACCCGGUGACUUUUUCAAUCCCGGAAAACUCAUUGGCAUGUAUCAUUGGAGGGUCUGGGUCUGGAAAAACCACUCUACUCAACAGAUUAGCCGAGAAGCACUUUAUGGGGUCCACUCUUGUUCAAUCCGGUACUGUGACAUACAACGGGGAACCAACGCUUUCCAAGAUUCGGCACGCUUAUGUUAUUCAGCAGGACAUACUAAUUCCGACUUUGACUUGUUUCGAGACGCUGAUGUUUGCUGCAGAGCUGAAACUGCCCAAAUUGACGUCGCGGUCUGCAAGAGCACAGCUUGUUGACGAGAUCAUCCUCGAGCUGGGUCUCAAGGAGUGCCGCAACACUCUGGUGGGGGACCGCGUCAAUAAAGGUUUGAGUGGUGGAGAAAAAAGACGGCUGAGUGUUGGUAUCCAGCUGGUUUCCAACCCAUCCAUUCUGUUUCUGGACGAGCCAACCACGGGUCUGGACAGCUACAACGCCUACUUACUAUGUGAAUCGCUCAAACGGCUCACCAAAAGACUGAACAAAACAAUCAUCCUUAGCAUCCACCAGCCAAGAGCCGAUAUUUUCAGAUUGUUCGACCAGGUGUUUAUUCUAAGUAAAGGAAGAAUGUGCUACGGAGACACGUACUCGCGCAUGUUUGACCAUUUUGCAUCGCUCGGCUAUCCUAUUCCAGAAACCGUUAACCCUGCUGAUUUCCUCAUAGACCUCACCAGCGUGGACACGAGGUCGCCAAAGCAGGAAGAGGAGUCUCUGCAAAGAGUUACCAAAAUAGCACACAAUUGGGAACUCCACAUGCACUCUCUCACUCUCCCGUCAUACGAAUCAAAAACCGUCUCUCAAUCGGACGACAUGUUCCAACAGGUUGGUAAAGCUCCGUUUUUCAGAGAGCUACGCAUUCUUGUUCGCAGAAACCUCAUCUUGGAGAGAAGAAACCCUCUGGGCUACGCUGCAUUAUUACUAGAAGCCGUUGUGCUUGGUCUCAUGACCGGCUGGCUCUACUUCAAGCCAGGAAGCACCAUUGUCGGAAUCAGAUCCAUCGAGGCCUCUCUUUACACAGUCUCGUCCCUACAAGCGUACCUGUUCCUUCUCUACGAAAGCUAUCGUCUUUGCUCGCUGGACUUGCGCAUAUAUGACCGCGAGCACUCGGAGAACUGUGUUUCUGUGGCCGGGUUUGUGCUCUCGCGACGGAUAGCCAAGUUGUUCACCGAGGACCUGAUCAUUCCCCUUGUGUACUCGCUGUGCACGUACUUUAUGCUUGGCCUCAGGACCGACUCCGCGAUCUACUUCUUCCGCUACUUUGCCGCAAGCAUCAUGUUCCACCUCAACUCGAUGGCAUUUGCCAUGGUUGCGUCGGCGCUGUCACGUGACGUGGCCAUCGCGACGCUGAUCUGCAACCUCAACUUCACGUUCCAAACAAUGACCAACGGUAUGUACGUGAACGCCAAGCAGAUGCCUGUGUACGUGCGCUGGUGCAAGUACAUUGCGUACCAGUGGUAUUCGUUUGGGCUGUUGGUGUCAAAUGAGUUUACCGGGUUCAAGGGAGACUGUUUCAAGCAGUACGCUGGCAACCCGGACGUGGACUCUAUCUGCGAGGCGUUUUCGGGGAAGUACAUCACGCGGACUCUUGGGUUUUGGGAGAAUUGGAUAGCUCUGCCGUUUGGAGUGCUGAUUGCAUUUUUUCUUGGGACGUUUGUGGUUGCAGGUUUGAUUCUCAAGUUGAAGCCGGUGGAUAUCAGCAUGGCCCGUGAGGUCAAGUCGGGAGACUCGUCUGAGAAGCUGAGCCAUUCGGAACCUGUUAUUGUGGAGUCCAAUACCGACCCGUUGGAUAUUACUCUCACCGAUAUCAACCUGGCUGUCACCAAUAAGAUGGCCAGAGAAACGAAUAAGACCAUUUUGAACGGUGUGAGCUGCCGGUUCAAGUCGGGCAAGCUCAACAUCAUCAUGGGCCCGUCCGGAUGCGGCAAGACUUCCCUGCUGAACCUGAUCAGCGGCCGACUCAAGUCGAACCUGUUCACCAAGUACGCCUACUCGGGCUCGAUCUAUCUGAACGACUGUCUCACCGACUUUGACACCAUCAAGCCCAUUUGCUCGUACGUGGUCCAGGAAGACUCGCACCUGCUGCCGUCGAUCACUGUUCGCGAGACACUGCUGUUUUCUGCGCGGAUGCGGUUGUCCAAGUCGAACUUCUCGCGCUCGCAGAUUAACGGACUGGUGGACCAGCUAAUCCUACGCGUGGGGCUACGUGACUGUGCCAAUACGCUGGUUGGUAACGACCUGAUCAAGGGUAUUUCCGGCGGAGAGAAACGGCGACUUUCUAUUGCCAUUCAGCUGCUCUCGUCGCCGAAAAUGCUGGUCCUGGACGAACCAACGUCUGGCCUCGACGCUUUCACGGCCUCCUCGAUCCUGGAGUGCCUGGAACAGCUGGCCAACUCAGGGACCACCGUCGUGAUGACGAUCCACCAGCCACGGUCGCUGGACGGGUUCGGCUCGAUCCUUCUGCUCGCAAAAGGCGGCUGGGUCACGUUCAACGGGACGCAGCAGGAGCUGCUCCAACAUUUCACCAAUAUCGGCUACCCUGUGCCUAAAUUCACCAACGCAGCAGACCAUAUCAUUGACACCAUCUCCUACAGCACGACCAACGAGAAGAUCGAGCACGAGACUCGCAAAAGGGUCGACUACAUCGUCCAAUCCUGGUCAUCUCCAGACUACAGCAUCGUCACCAGAAGAACGCUCAGCUCCAAAGCAGACCUGCAGUCAGAGUUCCAUGCAUUCGUGAAACAGCCCGUCAACUUCAUGGUGGGUCUGUACGUGAACACGGCGCGGCAGAUGCUCACUCUCGUCAGAGAUAAAAACGUGCUUAUUGCUAGAUGUACACAGGUUAUAGGUAUGGGGCUGAUUCUGAGUCUGUUUUUUGCAAGACUCAAACACAACAACACCAGUGUGCAGAACAGGCUUGGGCUCAUCCAGCAGAUCGUGUCACUGUACUUCACCGGUAUGCUCAACAAUAUGGCUGCGUACCCAAGGGAAAGAGACUUCUUCUAUGAAGAAUACAGCGACGACGCUACCAACCUGUACGCGUUCUUUGCGAGCUACACGCUGAUCGAGAUCCCGUUCGAGAUCCUCAAUGCGCUCGUUUUUUCUGUGCUGCUCAUGUUUGUGGUUGGGUUCCAGUACGACGUUGGUUUGUUCUUUGCCAUGGUGUACACUUCGGGCCUAGUGGUGAACGCGGGCGAGUCUGUUGGGCUCUCUUUCAACACGGUGUUUGACCAUCCCGGGUUCGCGCUCAACGUCAUCUCCAUCAUCUGCUCGGUCGGUGUUGCCAUGGCCGGUCUGCUCGCUAUGACUCUCGACGAUUUUUUGUCUGCGCUCAAUUACCUCUCGCCAGCACACUACUGUGUGAUGACCGUCAGCAACCUCGUCUUCACCGACAAGCUCAAGCUGUACUGCACAAAGGAUGAGCUCGUCAACAACGGCCAGUGUCUGUUCAACACCGGCAAAGACGUCAUGGACAGCUACAACCUCAAGGUGCACUUGAAACUGUACCUGGUGCUGAUCGCCGUGGUAACCGUGUGCCACCGCCUGAUCCCGCUCGCCCUACUGCGGAUCAAGCUCGUGAAAACCUCGCUAAUUAGACUUGUUCAUAGCUCGUCAUAA